GCCUGCUGGGAAAUUCGUCAGCCAAGGCAAGAAGAAAAUGGAGGCGAUAGUGUAAGUGACGGAGAGGGCUAUGGUGACUUCAGCGGGCUCAAACGAGUGUUUCCCCGUCAAACGGCUCCGUUAGAACAGCGCAGAUCGACGGAGAAGGCUCCAUACUCUAUCCGGGCGGAGUUACAGAGCGAUCAGCUAUUACAACUUCAAAGCCCUGAAGUCGUUGACUGAAAAACAAACAAGGAACUGAGAGCGGCCGAGAAUUAAGCUUCCAAGGAGCUUCGAAAACUGACCAGAACACCCUCGUGUAAGUGGGACAAAGAAGGAAGGAAGGAAAGAAGCAAAAGAUGAAGAAAAUCAAGCGGCGGUUGUCUCUGACGCUGCGCGGCGGCAGGGGUGUGGAUGAAAGCCUGUCAGAGCUGGCCGAGAGUAUGAACAUAGAAGAAAGCAACGCCAAGGAUAACGGCUGGCCUAGUAGAUCAGGGAAACAGAAAGGGUCGAGUAAAGCCCUGAGUAAGGCAGAGUCUGCUGCUAUUGUCACGUUACAGCCUCUCAUGGAGGUGGAAGGGUCGCUCAGUAAAAAGCAGCAGCUAGGACCCAACAUAAGUAGAAUGGUGUCCUUCUUUGAAGGAGAACCAAAACUCAGUAAGCACUUUAUACGUGGGAAGCAACAUUACCGCACUAUGCCAUCACUCGCCAGGAAAAGCAAAACUGAACCCGACUUUUUCCUUAACGAUGGAGCAUCCUUUAGAACGAUAGAUAAGGGUCGGCGGAUGCGCAAAAGCGAAUCUGAUUCAUUCUUCGACGAAGGUACUAAGGCUUCAGACAAGCUUUUCCCAAUCCCCACCAUCGAUAGCAACUUCAACCUACCCUUGUGGAGGCGGCUCAGUAAGGGACGGAUGAAGACAGCGGAUUUUCACAGUUCUUCCAGACUAUGUAUCGUGCACGAGAAUGCGCGGCUGGGGUCGGACGGAGAGAGCGACCAAACGUCAGGAACGUCGAACGACGACGUCCACUCACCGGUCAAGUUGAGACACAAGUACCCGCUGCAGAGGAGAUUGAGUGAGGAUAUCACGAAAAGACUAUCUCUGCCAGCAGACAUCCACCUCCCAGAUAACUUCCUUGAGAAGCGCAGCCUGAGCCCACCGUUUCCCGAGGGGAGAUUGAGUAGAAGAAUGAGAAGAGCGUCUUUGCAUGAAAUAGGGUUUGGAAAGAUGGAGUCAUAUACAAAGUUGGACAAGUUGGGUGAGGGGACGUAUGCAACUGUGUUCAAAGGAAAGAGCAAAUUAACAGACAACCUGGUUGCCUUGAAAGAGAUCAGACUUGAACACGAGGAGGGUGCACCUUGCACAGCAAUUAGAGAAGUCUCCCUUUUGAAAGACUUGAAGCAUGCCAACAUAGUAACUCUACAUGACAUCAUCCAUACAGAGAAGUCUCUCACGCUCGUUUUUGAAUAUUUGGAGAAGGACUUGAAACAAUAUAUGGAUGACUGUGGGAAUAUAAUGAGUAUGACAAAUGUUAAGUUAUUUUUGUACCAGUUGCUACGAGGGUUAAAUUAUUGUCACAGGAGACGAAUCCUGCACCGAGACUUGAAGCCACAGAACCUCCUCAUCAACGAGAAGGGAGAGCUCAAGCUGGCAGACUUCGGUCUGGCAAGAGCCAAAUCAGUGCCAACCAAGACAUAUUCCAAUGAAGUCGUCACAUUAUGGUAUAGACCUCCUGAUGUGUUGUUAGGUUCCACAGAAUACUCCACCCCUAUCGACAUGUGGGGCGUAGGGUGUAUAUUCUACGAGAUGUCAGCGGGGCGACCGUUGUUCCCGGGGUCGACGGUGGAAGACGAGCUUCACCUGAUCUUCAAGACGCUGGGCACGCCAGCAGCAGAGACGUGGCCGGGCGCCAUGACGAAUGAAGACUUCCUCAUGUACAACUUCCCACACUACGAGCCAGAACCGCUGGUUAACCUUGCACCAAGACUUGAAGCUGAUGGCCAAGACUUGGCAUCAAAGCUGCUACAGUAUGAGGCCAAAUGGAGAAUUUCAGCAGAAGAAGCCAUGAAGCACCCGUACUUCAACACGCUGGGCCCGCGGAUUCACAAGCUGCCUGACACUGCCUCCAUCUUCACUUUGGACGAGAUCAGGUUGGCAAAGGAUCCUGGGUACAAGUCAUCAUCUGUAGGGUCAUCAGCCACUAUGCCUCGUGUUCCCACUUCCCGGUCUGCCAUCUCUGAGCCCCCGGGCAUGUGUGAAGAAUUCUUACCGUAGAAAAACAAACAAACAAAUAAUCCGGCCUGAAACAACAAGACACCUAAGUGUGGGCAAGGGCAGGAGACAAAGCAUGCUAUUCUGAGGGGUCGCACGCCGGGAAAAAAGACUGACAACACAUCACCCGCCAUCAUGAUCGACAGAACGAGAGAGUGAGAGAUUGAGGAAAAGAAAAACAGACGGGAGAAACCAGCCAAAAGAAGCAGAUCGACAAGACAGACAGGCAGAACUGGAUGGAAUUUCUUUUUUGUUCCGUAACAUGUUUGGGCGGGGGUUAAAUCACGUACCUUUAUCUGUGAUGGUAAAAGUUAGUAUUUUUGUAUAAUGUUGAAAAAAAAAGUGAGUCUCUUUUGUGACAUUCUGAAGUACAUGUAGAAUAAGGGGCCUUGUGUGAGACAACUGUGCUGCAUUACGCUGAGUUCUUACUACUAGUGGGUAUGGAAGGGAAACACACCUGCUAAGGAUAGGAAAAAAGUUAUGAUAUUUAUAUUUCUGUACUUUUGCAAUCAAUUCACAGCUAGGAUAUAAAAACUUGAUCCAACAAGUGUCACUGACUGAAAACAACUUGUUUAUCAAUGAACAUCAUGAAGCAAAUUUUAUUUCAAUUGAUUGAUAUUUUGUCUCAUCUCAUGAUACAUGUCUAAGUUACUCCAAUGCAUGAUGUAUUGAUAGUUUCCAUGUUGCAAUUGUGUAUGUCCAGAAAAGUCUGGGAUGUUUCAGAAGCCAGGUAUUUGAUUUGUGUCAACUUUAUUACUUUCUUAAAGGCAUAAAUCCUGUUGUGAUACUAAAAUACCAUUACAGUACUAUUUGCAGGAAAAAAUGUAAAUCUUGAAACCGUUGCAGCAUUUCUCCUAACUUCCUCAGAAAUUUCUCCUUUUUGUCCUAAGCUGGUGUGGUUCUGAAAUUCCCCUGCUAGUAAGAAGUCUCUGCUGUUUCUUAUACCCCGUCACAUGUAGCGAAAAUCAAUCGGACGACGAGUCUGUGAGCUCUAAAUUACAAGGAGGCAUGACCCUGAUGCCGACGAAGAAUGGCAGAGAUCCCCUCUUCCCGUCAGGGUCAUGCCUCCUCGUAAUUUAGAGCUCGCAGACUCGUCGUCCGAUCGAUUUUUGCUACACGUGACGGGGUAUUACCAAACUUUGUGGUAGCCAGGAACCCAGCAUCUUGAGAUGUGUCCUGUACGAUGUGCCACAGUAAGGUAGCAAUCUUAGCAAUAGCCUCUGUCUAAAGUCUGCCAACACUAGGCUAGGAAACCUCCUAAAAAUGUAAAGCCGCCUCCAGGCUACCAACAUCAGAUGAUAUAGCUAACAACUGUUACUGAUGUAUAAUAAAGGAGGAAAAGUUAGGAAAGUCAUUCACAAUUUUUCAGAGGAAUAUUAAUAUGCUAUUUGUUCUUGGUGAAGUCAAAUCAAGCAGAGACACAAGACUUCUCUUUUACCCUUUACUUUUGCUGUAAAAGUGACUGGCUGUCUUUGCUCCCACUUUCCUUAUUUUUGGCAAUGCCUCUGGGGUGGGCCUCAAAAUACCUUGCUGAAGCAUGCAGGAAGCAAAGACCACCAUUUUGCAAUUACAGCAGAAAGAUUUGAGGGUUAAAUUGAAGUCCAGUAUCACUUUGUCCAUUUGUCAUAUAUGGUCACCUUUGUGCUGGUAUAACAUACAAUGUACAAGCCAAGCAGUUUGGAUGAAAAGCACAAUUCAAGGGUCCCCCCAAUUCCCUGUUGGCUUGAUGGCACAGAAAGUAAAAGGAGGAACAAAAAAAAUCCAGUCCACUUCUAAAAGAAGUAACAUAUGCUGGAAAGAGGAAUUACAGUAUGACUCGCUUGUUUGAACUUUGUUUAAUAUUCAUGCAAAGCUCAAAUUGACUUGCAGGCCACUUUUCAGUCAAGAUAUGACAGAAGGGUCAGACAAAAUAUAACAAAAAUACAGAUUACAUCAUUACAUCUGAUUCAUUUCUUGUAAUAAACAAAUUCUUUGGACUCAGUGUGGUUAAUGAUGAUGAAUAAACCUUUGUACUUGACCCAAGACCCAGUUUUGCUAAGUGAUCAAUGCAUUACAAUAAAGCAGAAAAAAACCUGUAAACUGUCAGGGUAACAGAAAAGAGAUGUUUCCACAAGGUGCUUUGUUCUCUUGUUGCAUUAAAAACCUGGUCCUAACAGAAAUGGCCAAAGUUGAACUCAAAUCUGUCACAUCAUUGUUUUUUAAAUACUUCAAACAAACCAAGCAGUCAUACAUGUAGAUUCUGGACUGUUGAAAGUGGUAUCCACUUCUGUCUCGCAUGUUAAGUUGCUAUGCUUAUUCUGUAUGAAAUGUGCUACCAGUAUGUACAUGAUUUUUUUCCCCGCCAUGUCAUUGACACUGAUGUCUCCAUGGCGAUAUGAAUAUGCAUGAGUACAGGUGCAUUGUGGGUUAAACAAAGUCCAGCUUAGAUGUACAAUUUUGUUACCAUCACAUUUGAAAAUUUUCUCAACUGAAGUUAAAGGCUUAGAUAAGGUUUUGUCUCAGAUAUUUGGAGCCAGUGAUGUUCACAGUGAAAUUUUGAAUAGAGUUGAAUAAUGAAGUUAUUGGUAUCCAUUUUGUUGUACCAUUUUGGUUUCGAGAACGUAUCGUACUUACUGUACUAUGGUAGUACACUAAAAUUGGGCUAUACCUACACAUAUCAGUUACCAUGAAAUAUAUACGCAUACUUGUCAAACUACAUUUGAAGCUCGGUACAAGUUUUUAGUUUUGUGAUGGACAGCCACUCAUACUAGAGUAUGGCAAGUCUACUGGUACUGGUUUACAGUUAUAUUAUGGUACUGUCAGAAGAGGUCCAAUAUCUCUCAGCUUUUCGGCCCAACUCCAUACAUUUACCAGAUCAAAUGCCAGGCCGAAAAAUUGGUUUCCAUCAAUUUGAUAUUACGUAUGGUAAAGAUGAUUUUCAUAUUUUGUAAACAUGUGAGGCAGUGAUAGGAAACUGUUGUGGUUGUUACUAGCCAAAUGUAUCCCUUGACUUGGAAGGAAAUUGAAAGAUUCAACAAAAUUCUCCAAGAAAUUACAUGGAAAUAGUGUUACACAAUUUGGAAAAAAAAGGAAGUUUUGCUUCAAAAGUUUUCCAUUACUUCAGCAUUUUUCAUGAAGCUCUGCAAAGGUUGUACAUUUAGUAAAAUUAUUCACCUUGUGUUUUGAACACCCUGAAUUUGGAAAAACAGCUCAAAACAAUAAGGGGGGAAAGUAGAUAUGGUUACGGGACCUAAGAACAAGCAGCUUGGGAAAUUUGGUCCAUUUCAAGUAAUUCAUCGACUCAACCAAUCAAAUGAUUCGUAACAAUGAUUGGGUACUGACCAAUGAGACUUAAGAACACUUUGGCUUAACACAAUGUAAAUCACUGACAUUCAUACCACUAUCAGUAGCAUCUACUGAUCAGUUAAUGUAAUUUGAAAUCCAUCACAAAGAACUUUUAAAAAAAAGAGUUUAAAAUAUGCGCUCUACAAACAAAUCAGAAACCCAACAACGAGAUUGAGCAAAAUAUAACAAUAUGAGAAUUAUGAUUGUAAAAUCAAGACUGAGAAAUAUGAGAAAUAAUCUGCCAGGGAAGAUAUAAGAGUAGAAUUAAUAAAUGAUAGGGAGUAGCAUUAAGCGCCGUUGAUUAUGAUGUUACACAAAACGCUAACAUUUUGGGGGCUAGAGAAAAACAUAUAUUUCUUGACUGCCUGGCCUGUGAUGAGAUAGGUUAUGUCUACUUUAAGUGUCAUGUAGCCAGUCAUAAUUAUACUCAAACACAAAUAUUGUGCCAUCCAUGUGUUCUUAUUUAUUUCUGUACAGCAUAUUGAAAGGUAAUAAGUAGUCGAUGUCCAUAAAGACUUCAUUCACCUUACAUUUUUGCCAUCUUCGGUUAGUAUAAGUAGAAAAUGCCCAAGAGGUUGUUACUAGCUAUAGGUGCUAUAUUUUUUUCUUGUUUAUAUUGUGUAACAAAUUUUGUCUUGAGUGUUAAGAAUGUGUAAUUUGAUGUUCUGUUGUUGCCAAAAAUGUGCACAUUGUGGUAAACGCUCUCUCUCUAGUUCAUUUCCAGCUGUAUACAAGCCAUUGUUGUAUACCCAAGUUUAAUGUUACAAAAAUGACUCCGGACAAGCCAGCUCUUUUUCUGAGGUGCAUUCUUCAAUUCCAAGCAGUUAGAAUGGCCACCAUAUUCUCGAUAAUAUAAAACGAAGAUUGCAUAAUUGUCUUCCCAAAAAUUAACCCCGAAAUUCAAGCCCAAAGUACUAAAAAUAAAAUAUUUUGCUUUCAAAAUCACACACCUCAUCUUUCUCGACAUCCCAACAUUGGUUAUGAACCUUUCCUAUAUCCAAGACUAAAUUACAUGAAGCAGACUGCCACUAUUGUGCAAUCGCCUUGUCCAUGACUGAAAACUCAUGUAAACUACUGUAUUAUGGCUUAUUUAUCCUUCCUCGAGGAGCUUUCUCCAAUUUUUAUCGCUUGUACAAAAUACGCGUUUUAAUCUGUAGAACAAACAAGCGCACCACCUUGUGGUGUGUGACCUUACCUAAAUGUAGAAAAAAAACGAUAUCAAUGUUGCCAUUUCAUACUUGGUAUUCUAUCUGUUGAUGUAAUAUUGUAGAAACUACUUUUUAGAAAAGAGAGUAGCCAACAGUCGAGCUCUGGUGCAAUGUAAAAUAUGUAAGAAAUGUUUUAGUUCUUACGUUUUGUUUUGUUUACUCCAUUGUUUCACUUCUCUGACAAAAAAACUACUUAAUAUCUCUGUAAGAACCCAAGAAACUUAAGACGUCUGGCGAUGACGACUUGAUUAUGUUGACUGGAAUAGACUUUGUAUUUCCAGAUGAUUGCUGUUUAUUUGUCUACAGAAAAUAAAGUAACAGUAUUUUAGACUCUGA